AAAACAUGGACGCUCGGGUUAUUUUUGAGUCGAUGGAUUGAUUUAGAAGGCUAAGCCUCUCUAGGCUGAUAUAGAAUCAUCUUUCAUAAUGCGUUCAUAGAAAGGAUUGUGCACAAUUUAUAACUAAUAAUAAAUGAAUUAUUGCUUUCUUUUUCAAAUAUUUGGUGACUGAUAUCGCUCAAAAGAAGAGAAUAGGUUUGGCUAGCUAGGCCUAAGCCUUGGACUGGGUGGUCUUUGGAUUCGGAAACAAUCGUCUCCAGCCGGCCCAGCAGCGUGCGAUUCGCAGAGUGAAGAGGGUUUGUUUUCAAUUUGGAAAACGAAUGGAACAGUCAGUCAGGCUAAAAACUCCCUGUCCUUUGCAAUAUUAUUCAGACAAAAGGCUUCAUCAGCAGUACCAUACAGUAAAACAUUACAAUGGAUGUGUCUGAUGUAGAGUUUCAGGCUGUGGAGGAAUUGAUUAGCGUGGUACCUAAUUUCUCCCACGAUAAGUUGUACUUAAUUGGUGGAGAGAUUGGACCUUUCAAUCCAGGACUUCCAGUUAGUGUACCACUGUGGAUGGCAAUGAAUCUAAAACAAAGGAGAAAGUGUAGAAUACAAGCACCAGAAUGGAUGGAUAUUGAAAAACUUGAGCAGCACAAACAAGAAGAAAAAGACUCGGCUGUAUUUCAACCGAUGCCAAACCCACACUAUAUGGAGGUCACAAAAAUUUUGCUGAUUCAUGCUGCUGACGAUAUUCCAAAUGCAGAUGAGGUUCAUACACUAGUGAAGGACAUUUGGGAUUUGAGGGCAGCUAAGCUCCGACACAGUAUUGAUAAAUUUGUAGCAGAGCAGGAGACUCAUGCUAGGGUUGAUAACUUGUCGCUAAUGGAGACCAACACAAUUCGACCAUUCCUUAUGCAAGCCCUCGACCUUAUGCAUACGUUGGUGUCAAAUACCCAAGGUGGCGCUCAUGACUGAUUUGUGACUUAUCGAUAAUUUGUCCGCUCUACUAUCUACGUGGAACUGGAUAUUGCUCUGGGAUUUGGCUUUUCUGGACUGUACUAUCAAUUUCAUCAUGCUGCAGUGGAAAGAUGAAUGUCUUCAUUUCAAAUGUUUUUUUCAAGGAACCCUGGCACUCACAGCGUCCUUUGAUGGUCGUAUGACCAUCGGACGAAUCCAACUCCAUUUCCAGACAGCUUUAAACGAUGCAAAGCCAUCUGCAGAUUGGCAGUGGCAGUUUGAAUGAACGGUCAUUAAACACGAUCCAUUUUACGCGCGUUGUGCCGUUGCAUUCUCCAUAGAAUCGCAUCGGCUAACGACAGUAGUCAGGCACAGCGAGUGCCUUGCUUAAGUAUCAUCAAAUAGAGGAAUUAUGGGAAACAUCUACAGUCUCAAAUAUUUUUAAAAAUGUAUUUAUUGGUGUCAAUUGUACACUGUAAAAUUAAUGUAUGUAAUAGCAGAUUAUUACUUUGUCAGUUUAGAAUUAAAGUGUACAGUUUGACAUUCAAAUAAAAGUUGCUCGUUUGUGUAUACAGUAAUAUAGCAUAGAAUAGUGUCUCUGCCCUCUAGAGGGUGGUAAACAAAUAGUCUGAAGGUUAUUGCAAAUGUGUAAAUGACUAAAAACAACCCAGUUCCAAUGUGAAAUAACUACAUGGCAUAUUGAACCAAACUUGUGAAUGGUCACAUGUCAGUAUUGUGUGUGUUUUUCAUCAAUUAACUUUGAUUGUAACUGCCAGCUAUAGAUAAUAUCUAGUGAAUAUGUUGACGUCUGUAGAAAUUUGGACGUGAAAGCCUGCCUGGUUCGAGGAUAAUAAUUCUUAAUCCUCCUAUAUGAUUGACGGCAUCAAAUUCUCUACUAAGCAAAUGGUUCUUCAUCUCCAUUUUUUUUAUCUACAAUACAUGAUGUGUUAAUCAGAAAUUGAGUUAUUGAUAAGAGCCGAGAGGCUAACACCUGCUGCACUACACUUAUUUUUUACCAAAAGAAAGUAAAAUAAUUCUACUGGAUCUAGGAAUGUAGCCUGUCUGUCUUAAUUUUAUUUAUAGAGUUAUAAAGCUACAGUAAAAAUAACUUUCAGUCUUUAUAUAGCACUUACAUAUUUCCAGGUUAUUUGUGUAGUAGUGAGAUGUACAUUCAAGGGGAAAAUUCUGUCUGAUAAAUUCUAGCAGAUGCCAGGGGGUGGCAAGUCACCAGACAGCACCCUAGUUCUUGGCCAGGGGACGACUUCCUACACCAUGAGCAAAUUUGCAGACCACUCUACAUAAUUAUACUAAUACUUAGUCAUUCAUCUUGUUUUGAUUUUGACAUAGGAGAGAGCAUCAAUUAUGUCAGUGGUUAUUCCACAUAGAAUAAAGUAUAAGAAACAAGUUUUGCUACCGUUUAUCUGGAGUAACCUUUUUGAGCGCACUAUAGUCAAUGAAUCUCUUGAUGAAGUAGCCCUAAACGCUGAGGGUUAGGCAAAAACCAAAUGAUGUGUCAUUGGAAAAUUAACUCAAUUUACAAAGCAAAAUUUCAAAUGAUGACAACAGAAAAUAAAAACAAGGUAAAAAAGUAAGUUGGACAUUUUCAAAAUUCUAAUGGCUAUACCUUGUGCCUACACAUAUCACUAAUAUUUCCUUAACCUGCCAAGGCUGUCGGCAUACUUCUAGACCCAUGUAACAUUUCAAUUUAGGAGCAAACAUUAAUAAAGUCAAUAAACCAAUCCCAGUAUUGCAAUAAUAAGCAUGACACAUCUAAGUGUGAAAGCAAUGUCAAAUUAAAUCAGUAGAACCCCUUUGAAAAACCACUAUUCAUAUUCAGGGGACACCCCUAUUAAGGGGCCACAUUUCUGUGAAACAAGGAGAAAUAUUUUCUUUUUGACACUACAGCUAACCCCUACCCCAAUGGGACACUUCUUUUUAUUGUAUCACUAAUUGUUUUAAUAGUAUCACUACAACAUCUUCAAAAUAAUAUUUUAUGCAAAAUGAUAACAUUAUUAACAUUUGUGUCCUUGAUCCUUAAAGUGGAUGUCCUUAUUGUACAGUAUGACUAAAUUAUGUGCCAAAACCCCUAUUAAAGGGAACAAUUUCAGUCCUCUUAAUAGGGAUUCUACUGUAGUAUGU